AUGGGCUCGACCUCAUCGUAUUAUAAAAAUUUAGGCAAUCCUGUUCUCGGCACUUUUAUUAGUUUCGAAGUCCAGCCCUAUUGGUUAUUCGUUGUGGAAUUGCUUUUUCUUCAAUUACUCCAACGAAUUUACAGUCUGAUCGAAUCGUCUUGUAAAAAGAAGAAAAAACAUAUUUAUAUAGCGCUUGAACUUUCAAUUCUCGGAACCAAGCGCACAGGAGUUUCGUUACCAAAAUACAGUGUGCUUGAUUUCAUCCUUUCGUUAAUUUCAGUUGGUCACUUUGGUUAUGCAAUUUAUUUGCAAACAAAAUGUACGAAUCAAUCGAAAGCAACGGCAUGGCGAUGCUAUAAUGCAUUCGGUUAUCAACUUUACAAUUACGUAUUACCAAGUCUUAUAUCCGUGCUUGUCGAAGCUUUUGUUCAACUUGGAAAUAUGGUCAAAGCAAGUAAAGUCGAUCCCAAUCAUCAAGUAAAAAGAAAUCCAGUAAAUUACAUCAAAUGGGCUUUGCUAAUAUCCACUAUUGUCCUCAAUUCACUUGUUUUUGUCGCAUUCAUUCCAUUUUUCAUCUCCAAUGUUUUUCCGAUGCUUAUUGCGUACAGUUGGGUUCUGAUUUGUGUCCUUGCUGCGCUUGUUCUCGCCUAUGCAACUUUCAUUACAAUUGUUGUUAAUGCUUUGCGACAAUGCGCUGAUUGCGGAUGCGUUUAUUUUUUGAAAUUCUUCGGCACGCAUUGCGUUGUUGGUCUUCAAGUCUUCGGUUGUCUGGUCUUAAGCAUGGCAUAUAAUUAUUCGCAAUACAGUUUCUUCGGUGCUGAUUAUACAUCAGUGAUAUGGUGCGAAUAUCAAUCGAGAGAUACGACUGUUUGGUACCAGAGACUGACAAACGAUAGUGAAUCAUUGAUUCAGAAUUUAUUAACACCAUUUUAA